AUUCAUCAUCUCCAGCUAGCAAGCAGCAGCGCGAGAGCACCGGGAUGAAUGACUCGUUUGUUUUCGGGGGAUAUUGUGUGCAAGAACAGAUGGGGGUGGAGACACAGUGGCUAGGCAACCAACGACCAGAAGUUCUUCGAGAUGUCAGAUAUUAAGAUCAUGCAUAUUUCAGUCUGGAAAUAGCAAAAAUAACAACGUAUACGCUAAAGGACCUUAAUGACCAGUAGGCUAUUAAAACAGGCCAGGGUAGAGGAUAGCCAUCUAAGAUGUUAUAUGAAUAACUAUUAUUACUUUAGAUAUACUUUUAUGUAGAGUAUGUUCAUGCAUUUAAGCCCAUAGCCGAUGUGUGCGCCAUGGGGUUGAGGGUUGAACUCGAUUCGCUUAGGGUACUUGGAAAAAUUACUUCAUGUCAAUCAUCGUGACAAAAGAACUUUAAAAGUAUUUCAAUUCAUUUUUAACAGUAAGUAUAACUUGGCCUGUGCAGACUUUCCCUAUGCAGACUGCGGCCUGCUGUACAGAGAGAUGAGUGAAGGAGGGGGUAAAGUCGCGGAGCGGUAGUUUACGUAGGCUACAGCAGUGACAGACUUGGAGGUGGGGGUAGGGUAGGGUAGGGAGAGUAGGAUUGAUUGUCAGGCUAUAGCGUGCCGGCUACAGAAGUGUUUAAUAAUGCGCUGAUUGCAGGGGGCGAGGACUGGUCACAGGAGACCGCUACAUUUACCUCGUCUCCCUCGAUCUCGAGGUGCUCACUGAGAAGACGGAAUGUGUUUGAACUUUCUGCAAAGAUUUCUACCCGCGGUGAGAGGAGCGCGUAGUGGGAUAGUACAGAUAGUUCACCAACUACUUUAUUGAGUGGACCGAAGGAUUGUAGGGUGCAACGCCGGUGUUUGAAAUUAAGAAGAAACCGUCUUUAGCCUUCUUUUUUAUUCUCAGAGAUCAUUUAAAGAAGACUUUGAAGGAGAAUGCGUUGGCUGGGAUGUCAUCGGCUGGGGCCUAUUUGGAAGGCGCUGCUGGUGUUUGUGGCCAUUGCAUUCACUGGACAGCUGCUGGGCUUCUUCAACAAAAGCUGGAUGCAGCAGGAGAGGCCCCGCUCCGUCUUCCCCCUGUCCUCUGAGGAUGCGCACGGCUCCCCAAAUGGCCCCUGCAGACCCCACACCCACGUCAUGUUCUUGAAGACCCAUAAGACGGCCAGCAGCACGGUGCUUAACAUGCUGUACCGCUUUGGGGAGGAGAGAGGUCUGCGCUUCGCUCUGCCCUUGGGCUACCAGUUUGGCUACCCACUUCUCUUCAAUGCUCACAGGGUCAAAGGCUACCGCGGGCCACGCGUGCUGGAGUUCAACAUCAUCGGCAACCACAUGCGCUACAAUAAGCCCGAGGUGGAGAAGGUGAUGCCUGCUGAUACCUUCUACUUCUCCAUCGUGCGGGACCCUGUGGCGUUGGCCGAGUCCUCCUAUGCCUACUACAAAGCUGUGGCCCCAGCCUUCAAACGUGCGAAGGGCCUGGGGGACUUUGCCAAUGACCCCCGGCGCUACUACGACCCACGGCUGCGCAACAACCAUUAUGCUCGUAACUUGCUUUGGUUUGACUUUGGCCUGGACCACAAUGCUAACUACACAGCUGGCCUGGCACAUCGUGGGGAGGCAGAGAUUAGGAAGUCAUUCAAUCUGAUAUUGCUCUCGGAGUAUUUUGACCAGUCUAUGGUGCUCCUGCGCCACGCUCUCUGCUGGCCACUGGAUGCUGUAGUGUCCUUCAGCCUGAACGCCCGGCAGCCCAAACCCGCUGACGGCGGGAGCUGGGGGAGCAAGGCCAACCUGGGUGCCGCCCUGGCCCUGACCGAUGAACAGAGACUGAAGCUAAGGGACUGGAAUGCCCUGGACUGGCACCUGUACCUAGCGUUCAACCGCACCUUCUGGGAGGAAGUGGACCGGUUCGGGAGGGUGCGGAUGGAGGCCGAGGUGAUUCUCCUCAGGACACGGCGAGAGGUUCUGGCCCGGGUGUGCUUGCGAGAUGGUGGGAAGCCUGUGGAGGCCGGCCGCAUUCGUGACAAAACUAUCCGGCCCUUCCAGAGUGGCCUGGUGAAGAUCCUCGGCUAUGAGUUGCAUCCAGGUCUGGACAAUUCCACGCGGCAGGCCUGCCUUCGCAUGAUCCGCCCUGAGAUCCAGUAUAAGGACCUGCUGGAUGCCCAGCAGUUCCCCCGGGCUCAACCACCCCCAGGGGCAGCUAUCGCUGCUGGAGCAGCAGCACCCGUCAGGAGGGAACCUUUGGCCCCUAAGAUUGGAGACCAGCUGGGUGGGAACUCAAUUGAGAGGGACUGGGACGGGACCAGGUUAGGUCGCAAUGUGUCACUACCAGUGAGGGAAAGGGAUGGGAAGGACCGGUUUAGAUAGUUUUUCAAAAUCUAAUUUUUUUUGCCUCUGGACCAGGACAUGUUUUAAAUCUCUGAAUAAUUGAAAGGCACCUAGUUAGCCUUUGCACUGCACUACCUGAGCGACUGAAGAGGCUUGCAAUGGCCGCGUGGGGAAAGCCUCCAACUCUUCUAUUCCACUCCUCCCCCCCCCCUCUCCAUGACACCGUUCGUUUCUCUCAUGCUCGAAAUCUGACACUGGGGUAUCACAGCGUUUGCUAGAGGUGGCAAGGAAGGGGCAUAAUGGAAGGAUCCCGGGGCAAUAACAGUGACAUGUCAGAGACUGUGUGUGGGGGUGGGAAGACUUUAGCAGUGUGGUGAUUCCUGAGGAAGUUGAGAGUGGCCAAAUGGGGUAGGGAUAGUGAAAUGUGAAACAACACCCUCACUCUGUUCUUCUCUUUCUCUUUCUCUCUCUCUCACAAACACAAACCACUGAGCCCACAGUUUUAUUUUGCCACUGAUCCAUGAAAUGAUUGCAGGGGUACUGCGCAUGGCAAAAGCUUGCUGCAGAGGUGAGCUGUGUCUGCAAAUGAAACGAAUACACAAGCGAUUGAGUAACCAGCUGCACGUUUUGUAAGUCACUGGUCAUGUAUAUACAGUGAGUUCCCCAAAAUGAAAGAGAAAUGUGUAAAAUAUUGUAACAUAUCUUCCGUUCACAUGAAAACACUCACAUGCUCACUCAAGUAGACACACACACAUACACACUGCUCAUGCCUGAUUGCUGUGGUGGCUGGAUGAAAUUCCCAUUGCACGCAGUUUGGCAUUGACACACUCCUUGGGCCAGGCUAAGGCACAAACGGUGUAGAAUGGGGAGCGGUGAACUACAGUGCCAGCUUCUCUACACCACAACAGCAAGCCCAGACUCAGGCUUCUGUCUGUGUCAACACUCUGUGUUAAUACAUUUCUUUCUGUUGUUUCGACCUGGGCAACAGAUUUUAUGUUUAGGGAAUCAAAAUCGUGUCUGUUUUUUUUUUUUUAGGUUGAGCUUUCAGGAAGAUGCUGCAUCCUUCAAAAAACAAAACAAAAUCAAAAACAAAGCAACCUCAUGUCGCUUGACUGCCUCUGGAUAAGGCUUUUCUAAUUAGAAUCGUUUUUUUUUUUACCCUAUUCUGCAGAUGUGGCCUGGUGACACAUGAUGCUAAAUAAGCUAUUACUGACUGUCUGUGGAUUCCAUGAAAGUGUUGCCACUUGGUCGCACUGUGAAAUAUUUUACUUGUUUAUUAUCUGUACUUUUGAAAAUGGAGAUGAAUAGUUCUGCCGUUUAUGAUUCAUUCUGGGCAGUCCAGGAAAUGAUUGCUUUUUUGAUUCAUCGUGUGGUACACCGUAAUGCGUUUAAUGGAGCAAAGGAAAAUGAAAGCUGCUCAACAUCAGCAAAUGUGUCCAUUAGAUUGUCUUAACUGUAUAGUUUGUCAUUGUAUUUAUUUUGCCUUGCACAGAUUAUUUCACUUAAAACCUACAUUUACAAUGGGUUGAAUUAGACCCCACAUCAAAAUGUCUCAACUAAGAUACUGGUUAAAAAAGAGAUGGGGCGGGGUUUGACUGGGAAGCUUGACAACUUAAGAUGGUGUUACUGAAUGUACAGUACAUGUUAAUAGGUACAUGUUAUAAACAGGUCAUUGGUAUGUCUCUUAACGUUUUAGUCCAGGGAUCUUCAUUUCAACAUUUAUGCCACCUAUGAACAAUUAUUUUGCCUUAGCAUAACUCACUGUAUGGAACAGGGCUUUAAUACCUUACUUUUUUCUGGGAAAAAAUGUUGAUGUAAAUACUGUAUUUAUUCUCUUUUGAAAUGGAAGUUUUUUUUCCCACAUUCAAAACAACGUUGAGACCUUAAAUAUUUUAUGAAUUUGACUGUAUUGCACUGUGCAACAGUUUGUUGUACAACUUAAAACAGCUGAAGCAACUUACAAAUUUACAGAAAAAAUAGCCAAGGUCAUUCACAAAUUUUGAUUAUGUAGAUUGCCCUAAAUUACAUUUUUUUUUUUUUUACUAUUAUCACCCCGACAUUCCAUUCUUACACAUUGACUUGUGUUGAAAGAAUGCAGUUAGCAUGUGAAUCAAGCAGAAUGUUUGCAUGUUGGCAGAUUUCAUUCAUGAACACCACCCAAAACCAGUAAAAAGGAAAUUCACCUGCUUGAUCCCUUUGUGUAUGUCAUGCUGUGCAUUUUUGUGUGAUUAUCAUAAUUAUUAUAUAACAUUAACAUAGGUUUUUUUAUUUGCCCUAAGUGUACCAUUUGAAGCAUUAUUUAUGGUAUAUUGAUCAGCAACAAGAGGUACUACAGUGGAAUAUGUGUUGUUCAUGUUAACUUGAAGAAAUCAGUCAUGUUCACUCUCAAUUCAUGGCAUAACUGAUGUAAUAUUGACCUGUUACCUGUUGCGAUGGCUUUGUCACAAUGCAAUAAAUGGUUGUGGUUGAA